AUGCCAGCACAACACAUCGCUCUGGCAUUAUUCUUAGUUCUAUUGGCAAUUGGAGUCAUCAUUUUGAUCAGCAUACUAGUUGUUGUCAAAAGACGUAUAGCUCGACGAAAAAGCCGAAUAGGACGUACUACUUAUAAUUCAUGUGGACAUGGCCUACCAAAAGUUUGGAAGUCAAAUAUUGAAAAAAAAAUUAAUGGUACUGUCAAGAUACGCACUGAACCUCAGGUAUUCGGUCUUCAUUAUUCUGAAAACUAUGAUGUCUACACUUCUGCUGGUGAAGUGACUUUUCUUUAUCGUGCCAAGACAGUCGAUCAGUUUCUCAUGCUAAAACAAGCCAUACUUUCCUUGGAUCCGACUUUAGAAGCUCCUCCAUUAAGAGAUAUACGUGAUUUCUUAUUGACAGCUCGUCAUAAUAUCAUGAAUCCACCACCAUCUCGUGAUUACAUUGAAGAAUAUUGUCAACUAUAUUUAUGGGCGAGGCAUGAUUUAAAUCCUUUUGGUGAAUCAGAAUAUAGACGGUUUUGUGAAUUGCAAACUAAUUUAUUAGAAAUAGUCAAUCGUACAGGACCAUGGCCUGUCUAUUCAUCAGGUGGAAUCAAUACUGUUGGUCAAUCAUCAUCCGAGCAUUCAUCAAAGAUACAUAAAAGAACUCAUUCAAAUUUUAAAAUUAAUUUUCCAUCAUUUCUAUUUAAGGCAACAGAACAUUCACAACCUCGUGUUGUUCGUUCAGGUGCUUCUGUUACAACAGUAACAACUACAAUACCAUCAUCAUCGCUGACAACAGCAAUAACUACGAGUAUUGCAUUAUCAACAGCUACAUUAUCAUCACCAUCAAUAUCUGUAGUUCAUCAAUCACGUCCAACACGUGUUAAAGUAUUAUCUAGAACUGGACAACCUAGUGGUUUAAAUUUAAAACGUUUAUCUCAUUCAACACAUCGUAAAAAGCAUGAAUUAUUAGUUUCACCAUCGGAACAUGAAACACUUACUGGAAAUUCACAUUUAAUUCAUUCAAGUCAUGUAUUUACAAAUGAUAUUAUCGGUGAAAUUGAUUCCAAUGUAGAUAGAAUUGAAACAAAAACCGGUAAUUGUUCACAUCGUCGUGAUAGUUGUCAAAGUGAUGGUUCACAAACAGCUUUAAUUGAUCUAGAACCUGUUAUUGUUGUAAAUCAAUCGAAAACAUCAUUGCAACCAUCACGACAAAUAAAACUCAAUGAAUCUUACAAUAUUCAACCGGAUACAAAAAAUCUGACACGAUUUAACAAAGGUAUGGAAAAUGAAGGUGUCAAUUGUUAA